AUGUGCGCCGAUAACCUUAAGGCCCUGGAAGUCGGAACAAACGACCAUUUGGUUCAAUCAGAUGACCCCGAGCACCCUGCGAACUUGAUUCCCGACCUUUGUCGCCGAUUCUAUAACUGGGGAUGGGUAACUGGAACCGGUGGUGGUACCUCCAUUCGCCAUGGUGACCACAUCUUCAUUGCUCCCUCUGGCGUCCAGAAAGAGAUGAUGAAGUCGGAGAACAUCUUUGUCAUUCAGUGGCCUACCAAGAAGUAUCCCGCCACCGAGCGCAACUAUAUUCGCAAGCCUCUCAAGCUGAACCCUUCUGCUUGCACUCCACUAUUCUUGACAGCCUUUGAGCAUGGUGCUGGAUGCUGCAUCCACACUCACUCGCAAUGGGCUGUCCUGGUGACUCUCUUGGUCGAGCGGGAGAAGGGCCCUGAUGCUUCUUUCGAGAUCAACAACAUCGAGCAGAUCAAGGGAAUUCCUCGUGGAAAGGGCAAGGGAAUGCUCGGAUUUUUCGACACUCUUAGCAUUCCUAUUAUCGAGAACACUGCUUUCGAAGAGGAUUUGACCAGCGGUCUGGAAGCUGCGAUGAAUAAGUACCCCGAUACCUACGCGGUGCUUGUUCGUCGACAUGGAAUCUACGUCUGGGGUGACGAUGUUGUCAAGGCGAAGACUCAGUGCGAGUCUUUGGAUUAUCUGUUCCAGUUAGCAGUUGAGAUGCACAAGCUGGGUCUCCCUUGGAUCAAAUAG